ACUACUAUGCUAGGUGUCAACUCUAUCGUUAUGAGUCACAGAGUAACUGGACUGUGUGUGAGAGGUUAUGACUCAGACGUUCGCAUCGAUCUCCCCCCCUCAUACACCAAAGACUGUAUUCCAGUUAACUAUGACAACAUACCCACCAGAGACACAGCAAAACAGUGGCCCCACCUGUCAGGAAUCGCUAAUAAGAUACCACCUCUCCUUAGUUGUGAUGUUGGACUCCUCAUUGGAUUUAAUUCCCCUAGAACUCUAGCUCCAAGACAAGUUCUGCUAGGAGAAGGUAACGCGCCUUAUGCAAUCCGCACAGACUUAGGGUGGAGUGUUGUUGGGGGCUCCACAUCGACUCUCACUGAUAGUGAGCCAAGAUUGUGUCACAGAAUCACAGUAAAGGAAUUACCUCCGGUAACCCCCAUAGAUGUGAUAAAUGUGCUAGAGUCAGAUUUUAAAGACACAAAAGCAAGCGACAAAACUGUCUCACAAGAGGAUCUCAUUUUUUUGGACAAGCUCAAAGAAGGAAUAAGGAAAAAUGAACAAGGACAUUGUGAGAUGCCUCUACCAUUUAAACAAAGACCACACUUACCUGACAACAGAAAGCUUGCAGAAAUCAGACUCGGACACCUAAAGCGAAAGUUCAACAAAGACGAAAAUUACAGAAGAGACUACAUCACUUAUAUGAAAGAUAUUAUUGAAAGGGGUGACGUUGAAGAAGUACAUAGUGAAGGAAAACAAGGGGAACAGUGGUACAUACCCCAUCAUGGAAUAUAUCAUCCUAAAAAGCCCAACAAACUACGUGUUGUAUUUGAUUGUUCAGCCAAACACAAUGAUACAAGUCUCAACGAUCAUCUCCUACAAGGGCCAGACCUGAUGAACAAUCUAACAGGCAUCCUCCUACGGUUCAGGAAACAUCCUAUCGCCCUAAUGUGUGAUAUAGAAAAAAUGUUUCACCAGUUUCAUGUCCAGCAGUGUGACCGCGACUACCUACGUCUUCUGUGGUGGAAAGACGGCGACACAGAAACACAACCUCGGGUAUACAGAAUGAAAGUACAUCUUUUCGGUGCAGCAUCAUCCCCGGGGUGCGCAAAUUAUGGACUGAAGCAUUUAGCCAAAGAACAUUGUCAAACACAUCCUAUUGGCUCUGAGUUUAUAGAAAAGGACUUUUACGUGGACGAUGGGGUCACAAGCACAGACACAGUUGAAAGGGCAGUCCAGCUUGCACAAGAGGCCAUAGAGAUCUGCAAGCAAGGAGGACUUCGUC